AUGGAGAAUAAUUUAGCAAUUGGAGUAAUAAUAUCAGUAGCAGAGUCUGAAAUAAGAUCACUUAAGUAUUCAAGAGAGGCGGAGAUUGUUGACGGCAACAACACCGCUGUUGACGGCGACAACACCGCUGUUGACGGCGACAACACCGCUGUUGACGGCGACAACACCGCUGUUGACGGCGACAACACCGCUGUUGACGGCGACAACACCGCUGUUGACGGCGACAACACCGCUGUUGACGGCGACAACACCGCUGUUGACGGCGACAACACCGCUGUUGACGGCGACAACACCGCUGUUGACGGCGACAACACCGCUGUUGACGGCGACAACACCGCUGUUGACGGCGACAACACCGCUGUUGACGGCGACAACACCGCUGUUGACGGCGACAACACCGCUGUUGACGGCGACAACACCGCUGUUGACGGCGACAACACCGCUGUUGACGGCGACAACACCGCUGUUGACGGCGACAACACCGCUGUUGACGGCGACAACACCGCUGUUGACGGCGACAACACCGCUGUUGACGGCGACAACACCGCUGUUGACGGCGACAACACCGCUGUUGACGGCGACAACACCGCUGUUGACGGCGACAACACCGCUGUUGACGGCGACAACACCGCUGUUGACGGCGACAACACCGCUGUUGACGGCGACAACACCGCUGUUGACGGCGACAACACCGCUGUUGACGGCGACAACACCGCUGUUGACGGCGACAACACCGCUGUUGACGGCGACAACACCGCUGUUGACGGCGACAACACCGCUGUUGACGGCGACAACACCGCUGUUGACGGCGACAACACCGCUGUUGACGGCGACAACACCGCUGUUGACGGCGACAACACCGCUGUUGACGGCGACAACACCGCUGUUGACGGCGACAACACCGCUGUUGACGGCGACAACACCGCUGUUGACGGCGACAACACCGCUGUUGACGGCGACAACACCGCUGUUGACGGCGACAACACCGCUGUUGACGGCGACAACACCGCUGUUGACGGCGACAACACCGCUGUUGACGGCGACAACACCGCUGUUGACGGCGACAACACCGCUGUUGACGGCGACAACACCGCUGUUGACGGCGACAACACCGCUGUUGACGGCGACAACACCGCUGUUGACGGCGACAACACCGCUGUUGACGGCGACAACACCGCUGUUGACGGCGACAACACCGCUGUUGACGGCGACAACACCGCUGUUGACGGCGACAACACCGCUGUUGACGGCGACAACACCGACGACAGCGACAACACCGACGAUGGCGACAACACCGACUUAACCAGGAGUCAGCCACCUCAACUUGACGUUACCUGUGGACCAGACACCAUGUUACUUAUCGUUUGUUACGGCUCGUGA